UCCCUGACAUUGCCCUGCAGAACGCUCGCUGCAAGGAUUCUGCAAUGAUCAAGUUUAUCUUACUAGGGUUGGUCUUUACAACGGCCGUACGCGCGGAUCAAGAUGUGAGUAAACGACAGAAAAAAUUCUUAUUUUACGACGAAGGCGGCCGCAUGGUGAAUAUAUUCAGCAAUCCGUACCUCCAAAACUUUUUCCUCAACGCUGGAAACUUGCCGCUCUUCUGGAAUUUCUUGAAUCCCUUCUUCAACUAUCUCAGACCGAUAUCAAUCAGCGGUACAUCAGCAUGCUUCAUGAUCCCGGUGUCCGAGCAAGUGGUCCAGGACAUCGCCAACGACCCCGUCUACGAAAACAGCCUCGUCUUACCCCAGAAGCAGCCGGUCAUUGAACCCAACCCCCUAUGCGCCGGAAAACGGGGGUCAUUCUCAUCUCCUAAGUCUUGCAGCGCCUUUUUGAACUGCUGGGACGGUUGGGCGUUCGAACAGCAAUGCCCUGAAGGCCUCAUGUUCUCAGGAGCGGGGUACUGUGACUACUCGGAUAAUGUGGAUUGUAAAAACAGGUUUAAACCAGUGCCGUCACCACCUGCAAUCUGCAAACAAGACUUCCAGACGUUCAGAAACAAGGAGAACUGCAAUGAAUUCUUUGUGUGCGUCGGGAGGCAGCCUGUGAAGUUCCAGUGCCCUGCCGACUUGGCUUACAAUGAGACCCUUGGAAUAUGCGACUACAGGGACCAGGUCAACUGCGCACCGGCGCUGCCCGACGCGCCGUCGUCGCCGCAAGCCGGGGCAGCCCCUCCAGUCCCAGCGUUCCCCCCUCCGUUAGCCCCAGCCCCCAGUGACCCAGCACCCAGUCCCCCACUCAACCGCCCUGCCCCAAUAAACUUCUACCCCACAGCAGCACCUGCCACCGCGCCCCCCGCUUCACCACUGUUCCCUUCACUGGCACCUAAACCUUAUUACGGCAGCGACUUCAUUUUCUCCAAUUCCAUUAUCAAGCAAGAAAGCUUGUUGGCGGGUCACAGGGCGGCGUCUCGCGAAGAUGCUAUCAAACAACUACUAUCUUCAAUAGCUAUAAAGUGAUAAUAGAUCCUCUCUCCUUUUGUAGUAAUGCUUAAUCAAAUACUCUAAUAAUUACUGAUAAGAAACGAACUUCAAUUUUGAUCUCUCUGAAAUUAGCGCUAGGUUACAGACGAUAACAAUGCAGCGCUAUGUGCUAAUUUCUUAUAAAAAAUCUAAUAAAUUUAGCAAUGAAAACACUGGCUGGAUUUCAAUAUGAUUUCACUAGCUCUUUAAAAAAAAAAAAGAAAAGCGCAUUUAACGAGUUUUACCCACAUGUAGGAAUGGCUCAAUGACUAUGUCUUUAAUAAACAAUACUUUAGUUAUUAUAAAAAAUACAAUAUACUUGAAAGACUGGACUUGCACAUUAUGUUUAUCUUUAUGCAAUAUUCUUAUCAUUUUUGAAUUAGAAAGUGAUAUCCUACGUAUUUAUUUUAUCUUGUGAAUCAUAUUCUUAAUAUAAAAUAUAUAAUAAACGUAACUA